AUGGCUCCUCUAUCCUGCCUGCUCGCGCCCCUGGCGGUCAUCGCCGCCGUCCUGGCCCCGGCCGCCAACGCCGCCCCGGCGCGAGACAUCAAGCCCUCGAUCCUGGGCGUGCCCAUCUCGAACCCCAACGCCAGGAACCUGAUCCCCAACGCCUACAUCGUCGUGUACAACAAGACGUUCGACGACGACGCCGUCAAGUCCUUCCAGAGCAACAUCAUGGCCACGGUGGCCAAGCGCAACAUCGGCAAGCGCGGGCUCGACGGCCGGCCGCUGAGCACGCUGGCCACGAGCUUCCAGCUCGGCGGCUGGCGCGGCAUGGCCCUCGAGGCCGACGACAAGAUGAUGGUCGACAUCUUCAACGCGCCUGAGGUCGAGUACAUCGAGCAGGACGCGCGCGUCGAGGUGCUCGCCGCGCAGACGCAGACCAACGCCCCCACGGGCCUCGUGCGCCUGAGCCACGCCGCCGCCGGCGGCAACGGCGGCUACGUCUUUGACGACAGCGCCGGCCAGGGCAUCACGGCGUUCGUGGUCGACACGGGCAUCAUGACGACGCACACCGAGUUCGGCGGCCGGGCGACCAUGGGCGCCAACUUUGUCAACAACGUCGACACCGACGAGAACGGCCACGGGUCCCACGUCGCGGGCACCAUCGGCGGCAAGACCUUCGGCGUGGCCAAGAACGUCAAGCUCGUCGGCGUCAAGGUGCUCGACGCCAAGGGCGGCGGCUCCAACAGCGGCGUCAUCGCGGGCAUGAACUUUGUCGCCCAGCAGGCCCAAUCGCAGCGCCUCGCCGGCAAGGCCGUCAUGAACAUGUCCCUCGGCGGCUCGCGCUCGCGCGCCAUCAACGAGGCCAUCAACAACAUCCGCGCCGCCGGCGUCGUCCCCGUCGUCGCGGCCGGCAACGAGAACCAGGACGCCGCCAACGACAGCCCCGCCUCGGCGCCGGGGGCCAUCACCGUCGGCGCCAUCGACCAGCGCAACGACCGCAAGGCCAGCUUCUCCAACUUCGGCCGGCUCGUCGACGUCUUCGCCCCCGGCGUCAACGUGCAGAGCGUGGGCAUCACGAGCAACACCGCCUCCAAGACGCUGAGCGGCACGAGCAUGGCCAGCCCGCACAUCGCCGGCCUGGCGGCGUACCUCAUGGCGCUCGAGGGCAUCACCGACAUCGACGCCGUGGCCGACCGCAUCACGCAGCUCGCCGGCGGCACGGGCGCGUCGGUCAAGGGCAACACGAGGGGGACGACCAACCUGAUUGCCAACAACGGCAACCAGUAG